AUGACAGGAGUUGACGUCCACGAGCAGCCGCUGACGACGUCCCCGAGUAACGACGACACGAUCGCGAGUCUCGUUUCCAAGCCAUUUCAUCUUGAUGACAUGUACGACGUGCCUGUGGGGAUCGCCGCAGACCGUGGCGCGAAACUCAGUCAGGAGGACGCGUACUUCAUUGGCGGCAAAGUCGUUGAGCGUCUCACACUGAACGGCUACUCGGAUGCAGCCAGCGGCUGUUUCGGCAUCUUUGACGGCCACGCUGGCGACCGCGCGUCGCGCUUCUGUGCGGAGAACAUCUUCCCUCGGAUCCUCGACCAGCUCGCUCGGAAAUUGAGUGUGAGGAAGGCCAUCACGAAUGCCGUACGGGCACUGGAUGCUGACUUCUGCGCCAUUGCCCAUCGGUACUCGACCUCUGCCAUUGCUUUUGCUGCCCGGCACAGCCACGGCCGUUCCUUUGCUACUGAUGACGGCUCGACGCUUCUUGUUGCGAUCGUUCGGGACGGACUCUUGCACGUCGGGAACGUCGGCGACUCCCGUGCUAUUGUCGUCACGCGUUACGGAGAAGCUAUUCCCAUGUCGAUUGACCAGAAACCGAGCCGCAAGGACGAGCGCAAGCGCUUGAAAGCCAAGGGCGCGUUCAUCACGGGCAAGCCCAGCUUUAUGUACAAGGUGUGGCCCCUCAAGAAUUUCCUGGACGUGCCGCGCGUGAACGGCCAGCUCGCUGUCUCGCGGUCAAUUGGCGACGUGUCACUCAAGGCGUUCAUCACGUGCGACCCAGAGGUGCAGACGCGGCGGAUUUCAAAGUACGAUCGGUUCCUCAUCAUGGCGACGGAUGGACUGUGGGACGUGGUUUCGAGCAAAACAGCGGCUCGAAUCGCGUCUCGCUAUCGAGACCCUCAAGCUGCGGCGAAUGCACUUGUCGCGUUUGCACUUGGACGACACACGACGGACAAUGUCACGGUGUUGGUGGUCAAGCUCGAGGCGUACGACUUUUCGGAUAGCUGCACAGACAUUACCAGUGGCUAA